AUGAUCGUAGAUUUCCACGCGACGCCGGUUCUCGUGGUGCAGCACGAUAGGCUGACUCAGUUUAUGUGCUUGGUUGGCUCUACCCUGAGGGAUCCUCACGGUUGUCACUCUCAGUAUAUGGCUAAUAUGGGAUCUAUUGCGUCUUUGGCGAUGGCUAAUAUGUUGACACCGACAAGGUAA